AUGUGCUUCCCAAGCCCUCGCCAUGGACGGUACAAAAACUUGGCCCGCGAGACCCCGCGUCAGUGCAAUUCUCCGCCGACACCAUCAUCACCCUCGACCUCAUUCCUGCUCCCUUGGACAUCUACCAACUUGAACUAUGCCUCGCCCUGUAAAGAAAGGCGCCUGGUGGCCAAGAACUACCCUCCUGCCAGCAAUGCUCUAAAUCAGGCCGCUAUUGUGACAGAUCGGAAAAGCCGACCCGGUUCAGUGCUUCAACACCAGGAGCUACCAGAUCCCGAUAGCCCACGGCGUGCCCUCACAGACCAAAGGAUAGCCCGUCUAUUUCACAACUAUACCGCUGACGUGUCACAAUGGUACGACUUGAGCGACUCGACGGGUGCCUUUGGCAUACUCGUUCCUGGCAUUGCCCUGGACGAGCCACUACUCUUCUCCGCCAUCAUCGCCCUCUCUGCCAUGCACAUCUGCAAGACCUCGGCAAACAAUUUCAGAAAAGUAGCCGAAUUUUAUCAUCACCGCUGUGUCCAGAGGCUCAUCGAACUGGACCAAGGAGACGAGCUCAUCACCCAAGGAGUCGCUCUCGCAGCGACAUGUCUUCUACGAUCUUAUGAGAUCCUCGACGGCGAUAUCGACCCGAACAUGCACCUUCGAGGCGCUUACUCCAUGGCCCCUCUCCAUGAUGUAUUAUCUGGCAAUCUCCAGCCGGGGCUAACUGGCGCUGGCUUCUGGAACUACCUGAGAGAAGACAUUACCUUCAGCCUGUUUGAGAAAUGCCCACUCAAGAUGGACUUGACCACCACUCCGCUUCUCAUCAACCACCAUUCGGCCCAGGAUUAUCUCAACUCCAUCACUCUGAUACUAGGAAAGGUCAUCAACACCACAUUCGGGCGCAACAUAACGGGUUCAGAAUGGUUUGCUACUGUGGAAAUGCUAAGUAGAUGGCGCGCAGCCUGUCCAGAACGGACACAACACUUUUCUCGAGAAAAGGCGCAGCCAGGGACGAUUAAUCUGUUCCCGGCAGUGUGGUUUCUACAACCCUGUCAUGCGGCUACCACGCAUUAUUACCUUGUUGCCCUGACUAUUCUAUGCUUCUACGCAAACCCACAGAACCUUGAAGACUUGGGGAAACUGGACCUUGCUGGCAUUGAAGUCGAGUCGAAGGACCAACUUCUGGAAGCCUUUGCAGUCGAGAUCUGCGGAAUCGCCUUCACCACAAAAGUUCCCUCCGUUCUUGUCAAUGCCUUUGGCCCAAUUGCCUACUGUGCCAGAUUCAUCAACGCCGAGCCCGUCCGCCAAGAGCUCGCCCGACAGCUCCUCGCCUGCAAAUCGAGCAUCGGAUGGCCAGUAGAGCGGCUCAUCAAUGACCUCAAAUCUUUCUGGGGCGCCGAAGAGACAAAUUGA